CUGGGAUCCUCUGACCCUAGCUGACUGUCCUGCCUUUGGGGCAGGGGGCUGGACUUGAUGAUCUCCCGAGGUCCCUUCCAGCCCUAAUGUCUAUGAAAUCUGUGAACCCCUGACUUAGAUGCUGUAGAUUAUUUCACUGCCUUCCUCAGAAUGCAGGACCUUGCUAUAACCAUGGCUAAGUCAUCUUGUUCUUCAGUGCUGCUGUUUCCCUGCCUGUGUGAUGGGGAUGAAUCCUGUGAGGAUUAGUGAGUGCCUACAUGCUGCUCAGAAGGUAUCAUACACUAUGAAAGAGCCUGUUAAUUAGGUCGCUCCCUGGGUGCACAAUCCUGAUCUGGCCCUGUUUCACUUAUACCCCUGGAUGUUCCAUCGUGGUCAGCAGAGCUCCCUGUUAGCUGUAAACGGCAUGACUAAGUGCUACAAGUGUCCCACUGGCAGAGCUGCUGGCUUGAGGCCAAAUCUUUCUUGCCACUGAGUUCUAAAAGCAUCUCAGGACUGGGGGAGGAGGAGAGGCAUUUGGGAGCAAUUAGUGGGGGACUAAACUCCAGCUCAUCAGCACUGCUGUCUCUUGUAAGAGACAGUGCCUCCCCCAAAGCCAACCCCCACUUGAGUACCAGGGAAUAGAAGGCUCCUAGAGAGGACUGCGAUGCUGAGCUAGAUUUGAUCCCUGUGAUCUUUGUGUUACUGUGGUCUGACUCUGACCCUCCCCCCAUCCCCUUCGUCCCUCCUCAGUGGCUCCAGAGGGGCCCCACUCUCACAAAGCCUUUGUUCAUCUAGCUGAGAUGUGGUGCUGUAAGGCAAGGGAGGACUGUGGCCUAGUUUUGGUUGUCAGUGUCAGCGAUGUAUUAGGAAUUUUGGGAUUCUCCCUUGUGCCUCCCUUUGGGGCUGCAACAUUGGGGGUUACUUGAUGAGAAUAGAAGAACUGGACUGACUCUAUUUCCCAGCUGGAAAGGGGAGUUUGGGGGUGUGUGGAAACAGUGUGGUUGGCACAGCCAGAGGGUCAUGGCAGGUACUGGGGAUACUUAGCUGGCAGAGGAGGUAGGAGUUACACUGGAACUUCUCAUAAACCCAUUUGAUGCAUCCGGAGGGCAGAGAGAGUAUUGGCAUUGACCUGUUUCUCUCCUGGCACUUUCAUUUCAAGGCAAACACAGAGCCCCCAAAGCUAAGCAGAGAGGAGCAGCGAGGGAGGGGAGCCCUGCUGCAGGAUAUUUGCAAGGGGGCCAAGCUAAAGAAGGUGACGCAGAUCAGUGACCGCAGCGCCCCUGUCCUUGAAAAACCCAAAGGCGGUGGUGGCAGCUAUGGCUCCAGUUCGGCAGUGCUCCAGCCAAAGGGAGGCCUCUUUCAAGGUGGAGUCCCCAAGCUCAGGCCUGUAGGAGCCAAGGACAGUUCAGAUGGCUCCUCUGGCAAGCCGUCCCUGCAAGUUCCUGGCUCCAGAUCAGCUGCACCGCGGCCUCCAGUGCCUGCCAGCAACAGCCGACCUCACGAUGAUUCUGACAGCAGCCGGGCUUCCCCUCCAGAGAUUCCACGGAUGCAGAGACCUUCCUUGCCGGACCUCUCCCGGCCCAACAGUGCUGGCAGCACUGGCAUGAAACACAGCUCCUCUGCCCCUCCACCCCCGCCACCAGGACGCCGAGCUAAUGCACCUCCCGCCCCACCUUCCAUGCACAGCAGCAAGGCGCCUUCUUACAACCGGGAGAAGCCAUUGCCACCAACACCAGGACAGCGGCUCCCCACGAGCCGAGAUGGACCCCCAGCCCCUCCUCCCAUCAAGCCUCCCCCUUCCCCAGUCAACGUCCGAACGGGGCCAAAUUCUCAGAACCAGUCUCUGGCUCCUCCACCACCCCCCUAUCGGCAGCCUCCAGGCGUCCCCAAUGGUCCCUCUAGUCCUACUAAUGAGUCAGCCCCUGAGCUACCACAGAGACACAACUCUUUGCAUAGGAAGACUGCAGGUCCUGUUAGGGGCCUGGCACCACCUCCGCCCACUUCAGCUUCCCCAUCUCUACAGAGCAAUAGACCCCCUCCACCGGCCCGAGACCCUCCAAGCAGAGGAGCAGCCCCGCCACCCCCGCCCCCAAUGAUCCGGAAUGGUGGUCGAGAUGCACCUCCUCCCCCACCGCCGUUCAGGAUGCAUGGGUCCUCAGAUCCUCAGAGCCGAGGAAAACCCCCACCCCCACCUACGAGGACACCAGCUGGGCCACCCCCACCCCCUCCACCGAUAAGAAACGGGCACAGAGAGUCCGUCUCCACAGCGAGGUCUUUCUUGGAUGACUUUGAAUCUAAAUAUUCCUUUCAUCCAGUUGAAGACUUUCCUGCUCCAGAAGAAUAUAAACAUUUUCAGAGAAUUUAUCCUAGCAAAAGUAACAGAGCUACCCGUGGGGCCCCGCCUCUGCCUCCCAUCCCCAGGUGAAGUCCAGCUGCAGAGUCUGGUUGUUCCUUGGCAGAGAAAUGGACCUUCUUUCUUUCCUUGAAUGGAUUUCCCCACCCUCCCUGCCUCUUAGGAACCUGCAUGAGAAGCUCCUAGUGUCUCCGUUUUUCCCAGCAGCACAAAGAAAAAAACACACUCAGAUGAACCCACCUUCUCACCUUCAUCUAUGCAUUUCAUACCUGGACAAAACAGUUUUGCAGUGGUAUCUGGGUGAGUUCCAUCCUCCACUUUGUAGCUGCAGAUCCAUGUGUCAUGCUGGAAAGAAGCUUUUUGCUCCGCUCUGAAGAUUCAUGCAAUGAGACUUUUUUUUUUUUUUUCCCCCCCUGGUUCACAAAGCAAUUAAUGCGGAGAAGGGCAAGCCAGCCAGCAUGGCAGUUUUGGGACCAGAAACCAGCUCGGUACAAGCAGUGACCCAUUUGCUCCUGCCAGGGCUGGGGGAGGAACAUUUGAUCCUUUUUAAAGAGGGAAGUCAGGUGUAGAGGUGGUCAAAGAAAAGGAGUACGUCUUCUAAGAGUUUUUGAUAUUAAGAACACUAUUGGAUGUGAACACUACAUACUAACCGGUUAAGCUAAUGCUAAGUGAGAAGCUGGGGUGGGUGGGAGUUUAAACUGAACUGGUUACUCAAAGCCAACAAACGGCUGCUUUCUGCAUGUAAUACAUUGAAAGGAGUGUAGGCUGAUAUUAAAACUGUCAGAAAAGACCAUGGAGCCACUGGGCAAUGGCCAUCAAAGCAAAUCUUUGACUGUCAGAAAGCGAAGGAAGCCAUUGUAGAAAGGUGCUGAACACAGCCUUGAAACGAAGAAGCUCAGAGCUGGCAGCUGCAGCACAGUGCAUAAUCUGGGUGUUUGCUCUUGUCUGAGACCUGUUAGCUGGGGCUGCACCAUCGUUCCUCAGGCAGUGUCUUAUUACAACACACAUGUUGUUGCCAGAUUGCCCCCUCUCCCGCCAUGGUUAAUUUGACAAAACCAGUCCAUCUCUUUUUUUGGAUCCGGUACAGUUAACAGCUGCAGAUGUCUCUGGCUCACCUCCUGGUUCAGAGACAGCCAGCAGCCUGCAGCAAAGGGAACACGCCACAUCAGGAGUGGUCAGCAUAAUCAUACUGACAGGUUCCUGUGUGAGUGCAGUGGGGUGGCCCUCUUAGGCCAUCUCAACUGUAAGGGCAACCUACCAAAGGCAUCACACUAAUUGGGGAGGUUAUCUUGGUGGUAGCAUUAAGAAACAAAAGGAGUUGGGCUAGAUAUAUGGAUCUGUGAGGAGGAGUGCGGUGUGGGUGAGCUGCUUGUCAUGCCACAGUGAGUAAUGUGAUAAGCAGACAUCUUCACUGUAAUUCUCAUGAGGCCUUGCUUGGCCAAACUGAUUGACUGUUUAUAGGCUGCAGAAUGGUUUCUAAUAAUACAAUACCUAGCUGACGUUUUGCCUUAUACACUACUUCUGUCAAACUGUUGGUACCAGACUGCUUAUUAUGUAUAUUUACUCUAAUGGGGCGCGGGUUACAUUAAUCAUAGUUACCAAUCUAUUUUCUAUGUUGUAAAAAGCUUGUAAUAUAGGAGGAAGGUGGGCUUGUUGCAAGUAUACUAAAAUACUCACCUUUAAACCGCUUUUUUUCUAUGAUGAUGGAAGUGUAUCCUUUUUAAGUUAGAACUAGGCAGCACUCAUGUUGAGGAACACUGCCCAGUUAAAGGAAACUUUUGUUGUUGUGUUUUGUUUUUUUUCUGGAGGAAAAAAAAAAUCUGCCCAGCUUAGCUGGUUGGGAAGAGAAGUUAAAUGCACUGUGCAUUUUUGUUUAAAUAAAUUUUUAAAAGGAAGAAAUAUAUAUACAAUAUAUUUUUUCCCCUGUAAUGUUGGCUUCCUCAACUUGUUGAUUUUUUUUGGAAGCGAAGAGGGGAUUCUUUUCAGACGACAAAAUUUAAAAAGCAAAACAGUAAACUUGAUAUCACAUUUAAAUAAAAAUAAAGGUGCACGUCUGUUCAAGUAGCAAAUUCUGGGCCAAAGCACUUUGAUGUUAGGUGUUUAUAAUCUCAUUGUAUGUGCAUUGUGGUACUUACUGCUCACCUGAAACCUGUUAGCAUGUCCUUUGUCAUGCUGCUGUUGACAAAACCCCAACUGUUAGUGCUGUCAUGGCAGCUUAUCCAUCACUGGGGAAUGCAGGCUGAGCCAGCUUUAUAGCAAUGCGGAGCAUUCUGCUCCACCAAACUGUGAUUUGUUAAAGGAUGCUGCUAAUGGUACCAUGCUGGGAGCUCUUAAAGGAGGUAUUAAAUCACCUUGGUGACUGGGUGCCAGUGGUGGGGAAGGGACCGAAGGUAGAAUGUACCACUACGUGCCAGUGUGAUACCUUGGCCAGCUGGGCCCUGGAAAGGAGCCUAAGCAACCUUGAACCAUAAUCUUUCUCCAAGGAAUGGUGAGAGAGAAAAUAAUCUGUUACAAACUUUGCAAAAUGUAAUGCAGGGUUUAUUUUUUCUUGAAAUGGUGGUUCUUCAGACCAGGGUCUUUGCACACAUAGAUGCUGCAGCAAUCAGAGGUGUUCUUGUCCACCGAGGAUCUGCAUCACCUAACAAGGCCCUGCUGCAAUCAGUUUGAAAUCCAGACUUUGGGACCAGCCAAGAACUAAGAUUCUGCCAUUCUGCUGCCCAAAUUCCUAUUGUCUUGCAUGGCUGCUGGGACAGCACCAAACAGGCAUGCAUCUGGGCUUCAGGGAGGCAAAAGCGAGAUGGAUCUUUGAAAGACCAAUUGAGGUCUCUGAUCAAGAAUGAUUGUUGAACAAGAGAGGUUUUCUUCAUUUCCACUCGCCCUCAUUGUGCCUUACCAUGUCAAAGGCAAUUUUCCUCCUUGUACUGCUUUGACGGAAGGAAAUCGGUGUGCAUAGUCCCCUCACUAUUUUCUUCUGCCUGUUUGGUCCUAUUUUAAAGUCCACUUCCUCUUGACCAUCUGCAGUGCCACCAGGCUGAAGGAUUCCAGUUGCCCGAGUCUUCCUUCCACUGCAACAAAUUCACAGCAUGGAAGAGCUGAAGUGUUUGACAUGCUGUUGUAUAAAUGCCCUAGACCUGACCUGUGUGUGUGGGGAGUCUGCAUGUUAGCUGGAUUUUUAUAAUUUAUUGUAUGAUAUUUUUUUUUUAACUUCUCCCUUGAAGGGACUCGUACUGUAGUUUGAACUCUGAUCUAAUUCUUUUGUAUGCUUCUUCCCGUUUCACCUCCAAUGCAGUUCUUUAAACCUCACUAUUAAAAAUAAUAA